GAUAUCAGAUGACAGAUACGGUAUGAAUCUUGCAUAAGAUUAAGUUAUUGGAACGUGAAUAUAUUGAAAAAUUAAGGGAGCUAGUUGGAAUUGUUACGGCUCUGAACGACUAUCCCGCGAAUUAGACUUGUAGAGAUCGCUUCUGAUGCUGAUGGGCGCGUGAAAAAUGUUUUCUGAGUGAUUGACACCCAGUGCAGGUUAUUCAGCUGGAGCCAGCCGGAGCGAAAUUCGUUAGUAAACAUGCAACCGUGGCAAUAUCGUGAGUGACCAUCAUCAUAACGCUUGAUUAUAAUGGCAGAAAAUUUGUCGAAACGGCCUUCCAAAGGAAUUCUAAAGACAUCCAGCAGUUUUGAUAAUCCGGAGGCGCCUAGACCAAGCAAAGAAACAACAUGGGAUGAAAUGAAUAUUAUCGCCACUCUUCAUCCUGCUGACAAGGAUUAUGGUCAUAUGAAAAUCGAGGAACCAAAAACCCCAUACAAUUUUGAAGGCCUCGAAAAUGAACAUGAACUUGAUCAAUUAGACGCCACCACUAUUGCAGCAAAAUUAGCUGGGAGUAGUCAACCAAAAAUUUUCGAAGAAUCCAGUGAGGAAGAGGAAGAUGAAGAAACUCCUGAAGAAAGAGAAAGGAGACGAGUUUUUGAAGCAAAGAGAAAAGGCCACUAUCGAGAAUGGCAUGCUGUACAAAUGGCAAGACGACUCUUAGAACAAGAUGAAUUAGAAGAAGACGAAGAUGAAGAUGGCGAGGCUAAAAAUAAUGAGGAGCAUUCAUCAGAAGAAGAAAGCAAUUUUGACCCUCGUUUCAAAUGCGUGCCGUCCUGUGAUAGAAGUGAAAAGAAAUAAACGAAAAGCAUUAAUUAGUCA